GGGCUCGGCGGGACCAGCGAGAAAGUUGCGGGGAGGGAGGCGGAGUUGAACCGGGCCGAGCGGAGUGCGUAGGACCGAGGGCGGCGGGCGUCCCGGGCAGACGCGGCGCCCAGACUCCCGGAGCGUUCUGGGGGUUCCGAUUUGAAGACCCGACUUCUCGUCACCCACUGGAUUAUGCCCAAGUCUUUCCUACCCAAUGAUCCUCUUGCAACACGCUGGGCUUCCUCCGCCUAAGCGGCCCUCAUCCUCUCCUCCUAUGUCAGUGGCCGCCAGGUCUACAGGAACCUUGCCGCUUCCGCCGCAGAAGCCUUUUGGGCAGGAGGCUUCCUUGCCUCUGGCCGGGGAAGAAGAGUUACCUAAGGGAGGGGAGCAAGACACUGCCCUGGAGGAGCUAUGUAAGCCCCUGUACUGCAAACUCUGCAAUGUCACCUUGAACUCAGCACAGCAAGCCCAGGCUCAUUAUCAGGGUAAAAAUCAUGGUAAGAAACUCCGAAAUUACUAUGCAGCAAACAGCUGUCCUCCUCCUGCCAGAAUGAGCAAUGCAGUGGAACCUGUGGCUACUCCAGCUGUUCCAGUCCCUCCACAGAUGAGCUCCUUUAAGCCAGGAGGCAGAGUGAUUCUGGCCACAGAGAAUGAUUACUGUAAGCUCUGUGAUGCCUCCUUCAGUUCUCCGGCUGUGGCCCAGGCUCACUAUCAAGGGAAGAAUCAUGCCAAGAGGCUGCGGCUGGCGGAAGCUCAGAGUAACUCAUUCUCAGAAUCCUCAGAGGUUGGUCAACGGCGGACCCGGAAAGAAGGGAAUGAAUAUAAGAUGAUGCCUAAUAGGAGAAAUAUGUAUGCAGUACAGAAUAAUUCAGCAGGUCCUUACUUCAAUCCCCGCUCUCGGCAGAGAAUUCCACGUGAUCUGGCCAUGUGCGUUACUCCAAGUGGCCAGUUUUACUGCUCCAUGUGUAAUGUUGGGGCCGGCGAAGAAAUGGAAUUCCGGCAGCAUUUAGAGAGCAAGCAACAUAAAAGCAAGGUGUCUGAACAGCGGUACAGGAAUGAGAUGGAGAAUCUGGGAUAUGUAUAGUGAUUGUCAUAUUCAGAUAGAGCAGCUUGUCCUGCCUGUUGUUUGCCUUCUGUCAACAUGUUCUGCUUUGUGGUUCUUUUGAUAUGAGUACAUUCCUCUGCUUAAUGUUAAUACACCUAACCUGCAGUGGUACCACAAGGUGUCAAAACUGGGGAAGGAAGAGAACAUGCUUAAGUCAUGAUGCUUUUUCAGGUCAGUUGUGUUGAGCUGCUUAAAGCCUGUGACCUACCUACCCCAUGAGAAAUAACUUUUUAUCUUGACCAAGUUCUGGUCAACUAGUAGCCUGACCACUUAGAGCUUUAGCUAUUUAAAAACUUCAUCUUUUUCUGCAAUUUUAGUGUUACGUACUGCUAAAUAAAUAAUUUUAUUGAGUUCUUGCUUCAGAUCAUAGUAAAAACAGGUAAGCAAAGAUUUUAGUUUCCCAAGGCUUCUUUGGAAUCACCAUCUCAACUCAAUGCAUUGUCAGUAGGAUAUACUAUGUAAAACUGCAUUAGAGUCCUUCCCAGGACAGUUUUUCUCUUUAUCAUGUCCUCCAAUGAUUGAAAUGCAGGUUUUCUUGGAUUCAGACAGUUCUAAUGUGCUUGUGUACUUCCAAACAGUGAAACUUCAUUUCCAGUUGUGAAUUUCACAAAUUUAAAUUCACCUUCUUCCCACCUCUUUUCUUCCCCCAGUUGAAUUAGCUUAUCCAAUAAGCUCAUUUUCAUGCCCCAGCUAUGUUGUGGGUUUUCCAAGCCUCACAUUUGAAUAUCCAAUGAGUUUAGAAUAGAUGUGACUUAAAAAAAAUAUAUACGUUUUUUUCAGUUAGUUUUAGGAAAUGAAAUGUGUUUGAUAUUUCAAUUUAGAGUUACUUGAUGAUAAUAACAUGUACUUAUAUGAUGGUCUCAACUGUAAGUUCAGAUCCCUUGAUGUUUGUUUUGGUAGAUUUUUUAGGUAAACAGAUCCUUAUGUUUUACUUACAUUCUUCUUUGUCUUGCUAGUUUGUUGACUGUCCUGAAAAAUACCACACCUUUACUAUUUCUGAGGUAGAGAAGAAUUGUUUUAAAAAGUUAAUCAAAUUUUAGUAUCAUCAUUUCCAAUAGAAAAAUACCUGAACUUUGGUAUUAUUCUUUAUAAUCUAGCUUCCUUGAAGAUAAUAAAAAUAUAUUAUAGAUUACUUUCAUAUCUGAUAAUUUCAACAGCAUUAUUAUUUUUGUUCUUUGUUUUUAAAAUGAGAAGCUCUAGUGUUAUAUCUAGAUUAAAUAAUGGAGGAUUCUACGAACUUUCAUUAACCAUAUUUUACAUAUUUACUAUAUUUACAUGGAUAAGACUGGUGCUCAUCCAUACUUCUUUUGAAAGGCCAUGUUCACCAGGUAGUUUAUAUUGAGCAGUAUCUGUGUACUAUGGUAAAUUCACUUUUGAUUGCUUAUAUUAUUAAUUAAAAAUAAAACUCCUAUUUUUCCUUGAAAAUUCUGUAGGCAAGGAGAUGAGAAGAAGGAAAAUUAUAAUCAUCAUUCCUCUCCUUUAGUACUUCUGAACAAUUUUUAAAUACUAGACCCAUAUUUAAAAUUAAGUUUUGUGAUUAGUCUCUGGUACACCACCAAGUUGCCCUUCUGUUGAAGUGGUGGUUUUUUUAAAAGUAAAAUUGCUUAGUAAUUUUAUUUUCUCCCAGAAACAAAAGAAUGAAAUAAUGUUCUGUUGAGGUUCUAUGUAGACCUGUGACUCUUAGUAUAAUAACCCUUUUUGUAGUAAUCUAUAAAGUAUAAUUGAUUAUUUUAGGGCAAUUUAGAGCUUAUCUUAUUGGUCAGUAGGUUACUCAUUUUGCUGCUAAGUAUAAUUUUUUGGUAGAUUUUAAUAUGACAGUUCUGGCCACAUGGUUCUGUGAUUAUUUAAAGAUCUCAUUUUUUCCCCUCUCUGUAUGUGUGACUAUAUAUAUGUAUACACAUGUAUAGGUAUGUGUGUGUGUAUAUAUAUGUAUUUAUAUAUAUACACACACAUAUAUGUAUAAAACUAUGUACAUAUAGCUUUAUGUGAUACCAUAGAGAAGAUUUCAUUGAAUCCUUAAAUAACAGUAAAAGAUUGUGGAUAAAAAUUUACAUUUUAUAAAAGUGGCAUUCAUCCACUUUCGGUUUUUCCUUUGCAAAUAAAAUUAAAGGAAGGAUUCCCUCUACUCUCCCCACGUAACAAUUUCAUUAUAUAUAUUUAACAGCAGUGGACUUAAGGCCUUAAUGUUUUUCCUGGCCUUGCAUAUUCAGGUUUCUCAUCUCUCAGUGCCCUUAAUGGAUGUUAUGAAUCCAUAAACUCAUUUUCUUUUAAAGAAAAAAGUUAGAUUUGUAGUGUUAAUUCUUACUUGUUAUAUUUCUUUGCACUAAAAAAGAGUGAUGUGUUUGUUUUAUAUGACACUUUAGAUACCAUAUUGCCUACAAUAGCUGGGUUUGCUCCUUAAUUUCCAAACUCUAGGAAGUUGAUAAAUAACUUCUAUGAUCAUUUAUAAAGGUUACAUACACGUCCAAAAAAAAUCACACAUCUCUGUGACAGUGGGUUAUGUUUUGAGCUUGUUACCUUGCAAUAUUCUCCUGUGUUCCAUAGGUGAAACAAAGUGUGACAAAGGUGUCAGAAAGGAAAUGCCUAAAUAAAUACAUCCCUUCAUGGUACAAUUUCUCAUACUCAUGCAUUCCUUACAGACAGUGGGUUUUUUUCCCCUGUCAAAGAAGGCUGUUGUUACUACUGCAGUCAGUGAUACGUGAUCUCAUUUGGUUUCAUUUAGUGAAAUCGAGUCCUGCUCUUUAUUGUGCUUUAGAAUUUGCACUCUGUGCUCCCCAGGAAUCAUGUUAGUAUCUUUUUAUAUUCUGUAUAUAAGGAUGGACAGAGGCCUAACCAAUGGAAAACCUUUAGUCAAGUAAGUAGAUUCCAGUAAUCAUCUGCAAGAAGAACUCAGAGCAUCAACGUCUCUUUUCUCUGUGAAUAUCUUUGUGUAAGUUGUCAUUCAAAAAUCAGUGUUCGAAGAUAACAAUUAGAAACUCUUCUAAGAUAUCGAGGGCAAGAAGUUGUGAAGGAAAAAUUUUGGUGUUCCAAUUAAAAGAUUGGAUUGCUUAUGCCUUCGAAGUGUUUUUUCAAAAAUGUUAAGCUACAGAACCGAGUGUGCCAUGUAAUCCUUUGGACCCCACAUUGAAAACACUGUGUUGGUCUUGUCUUUGUGUAUCACGUACUACAGCUUGUAAAUAUGUGCAUGUUGUUUAUGACGUUUGUCUGCCUGUCUCUUAUUGCACGGAAUUCCGCAAGGUGAAUACUUGUUUUAUACGAUUCAUUUAGAAAAAGUUCUGCCUCCAACUCCUCCUCCCUAUUGCCCCUUUUCAUUAGUUGGUAAACUUAGAAAACCAUUUAGAGUUUUUGAAACCCUGAGAUUGAAUGAAGAACCAUGGCUAUCAGAGAUCAUCCCCAUGUCCCUCUUACUUAAACAACUAAAAGGAAAGCAUGAGAUCUUCCACUUUAUUUUACAGAGCUGUCCUCCAGUACUGGUGUGCUUGCUUGUAGCUACACUAUCUACACUUUGAACAAGGAUAAAAGGAUAUAUGUAUAUAUCUAUAUCUGGUUAAAUCUUCCUCUGUAGAUAGAUUAGUGGUGGGAUUAAUGAUUCCUUCACUCCUGAAUUGGCUGGGAUUAUGAGCAACGACAGUUUGAGGACUAUCCAGUGACCCAUGUGAAACGAGUCUUGCUUGUGUCAGGGGAGACAGGUAACUGUUCUGCAUAAUAUCCUCUACAGAGAGGCCUAGGAGUGAUGGAUUUGGAACCUAAUCUGUUUUGUUUCCUCAGUGUCAGAACAUAGGCUGGAAGUACCUUCUAAAAAAACUUGUUGGGACAUGUACUAAAGACAACAGAGCUGCUUUAGAGAUAGAGAAAUGUUUUGUCAGCAUAGGCAAAAGUUUAAUGCAGGCUUUUGAACAGAUAUUUUAAAAAUACUCCACCUUACCAACUUUUUUUUUUUUAACCAGCAAAAUCACCCUUCAGGAGCUUCAGGCAUAAUAAAGAAUGUUUUGUUGUUGCUUUAGUUUUUUGGUGGUGGACCCCUGCCAUUGUGAGCUAUUACUGUCAAUCUAACUGAAUGGACAAAUAGCUGUGUAAAUAGCUUCUCAUAUGAUAUUUCUACUGAUAGCUGUUUGACUUUGCCUUCUUGUUAUGAAUGGGAGGAUCAUUUAUCAACUCCCUUUCUGGGUAGCUACCAAAAAAAAACCGGCUUAUGGUACCAUGUGACCCUGUCUUUGAUAAGCCCAGAAUAUGAGUGCCUUUAGCAAGUUUUAGCAUUUCACAGAGAGAAGAGAUGAUAGAAUUAUUGCCAUUAAUCACGAUUCAUAAAACAGGAGCUUGGAAUAACAAAGCUUUAUGCGCAUUCUGUGUUCUACAUCUUUUUUUUUUCUUUAUGCAAUCUCAAUUUGAUAUUGAGUAAGACUGUAUCAUUAUUGAUCAGGAACCAUACAUCCUGAAAAUGAAUCCAGUUGUCCCAGGCUGGCAACAGUCAUUGAUUUUUGUUUUUCGCCUUGAUCUGUGUUACAUUUAUAUUUAGUGAAAGUGUGGUGGAUUGGGAGAGCUUGAUAUUGAAGUCUGGAAAAACUUUAUUCCAGUGUCUUUUUCAAACUUAUCUAAUACUGUAGAGAGGAUAGAAUUAUGUAUUUGCAAAUGAAGUGUGUGAAGAGACUGUCUUCACAAUACUUAUUAAUUGUGCUAGUUCGUCUCUACAUUAAAAACAGGCAUCUUCACAAAUCAGGUUCAAGGUGUUUUAAAGCAAAAUUUUCCUUGCUUCAAUUAAUUUAAAAUUUUAAAUUGCCUGAGUACUUUGAGUCUUUAAAACACACUGCUAAAUUAAUUUUAUUGUAGAAAUAUUAACAUUUUUCUUGACAUUUUAUUAUGAAAAAUUUUAAACAUAGAGUUGAAGAAUUUUACGAUACACUACCACUAGAUUCUACCAUCAACAUUUUCCAGUACUUGUAUUACUGCAUAUCUGUCUAUCCCUCUAUUUAUCCAUCAAACAAUGGAGUUUUAAAAAAAUACACAUUUUAAUGUAAAUUUCAGACAUUUCCCUUAAACACUUUAGCAUAGGUGGCAUUAACUGUAGUUUAAUAUUUGUCUGCAUAUUAACAUCUUUUAAAAAGCUGUGUAUGAAGUUGAAAACCUGAGCCAAUUAACAUAUGUCCUUUUCUCCUGUGGACUUUAGCCUUCCACUUUCAGUUUCUGUAUGUGUUUAGAGUGAGGGAAGACGACUCCUUUUCAAACUGAAGUUUUCUGGUGUUGGUCGUUUUAAAUGCUAAUUGUCAUACAUUUUAAAGCUUCAUGACAAGAACUUUUUCUUUACCCCUCCUCUUAUGAUGUAUUUUUGCUGAACUAUGCAGCUUCUUUAGAAAACUGUAAGUUACUGAUUGGGGUUUAUUAAAUCAGCUAUACCUCAUUUCAAUCUACUGCUGCUUUUCUCCGUGGUAUCACUUCUUUUACUACUUUCACAUGUUCUACCAGAAAGUAGAGAGGAGUAAAGAGUCAACCCCAUAGACUAUUAGCUGUUUUAAUCAACUCUACAGGAACAGAUUGAGUAGUUUAGAAAGUGGAACCAUUAAUUUAUCUAAAGCCUUUGACUUCCCUGAGAAUUGUAAUUGCCCGUGCUUUCUCUUAGCCAUAAUUAGCAGGAUUAAAAAUGAUUGUACUGUACAAUGAGUUGUUGAAAUUGUGAGCCUUAGUAACCAUCUUCAGCUUUACUCUAGUACUGUUUAGGAAAAAGUUUUGACAUAUGCCUUUAUUUUUAUGCCAAUUUUUUUGUGGACAAAAUCAGAAGAAUUUAAGUGACUUAUUGCAGGUCAUGAAGAUUCAGCGGGUAAGUCAGAACUGAAACGUCAGUAUUCCUGAUGCAUGUUCUUGUGCUUGCUUGAUAAAAUUCAUGGCUUUCAAAAUAACACUUCCUUUGGGGCCCUUAAAAUGAAAAUAUGUAUUUUUACUAAUUAGACUUUCACUUUUAGACAUUUCACAGUUCUUUGAACUUCAAGAUUUUUCCAUGGUCAGAGUUCCUCAUUAAGUCAAUGCAACUGCUAAAAAUCUCACUAACAAUACAGGUUUUAUCAGAUUUCCUUUUGCAUUAUAUAACUUUCUUGAUUCAUUCAUAACUCUUUCUAUGUAAGUGCUUAAGUGACCCCCUCACUAGUGAAAAUAAAUGUUCUAUAUCGCUGAUUAUAUGUAUAUUCUCUACAUGAUAUAUUUUUUUAAGGAAAAGUAACCCCAUGUGUCUGGAUGAACGAUAUUACCCUAGGGCAAAGCACAUAUAAAGCAGUUUAUUUCUACUCUGAAAAAUCUGGCAUUUAUGGGAACAAAACUCUUUUAGAGUGGCUGGUCAUUGUUUUGCCUUCUUUUGGUACUUGAGCAUAUUUCUGUGGUUUUGUAAAUUAGUGUGUCGUUUUGUAAGAAUUUCAUGUUAUUCUGUAUUAAUUGGUGUUCACCUUGUGGUAUCCUCGGCUGCCGUAAUAAUUUACUUUGGGUAUGGUGUGUCUGCUUUGAAAUGCCUUACUAGAGUAUGUCAGACUCUGCUCUAAAGCAUUUCAUGUAUCUGCUAGGACAAUAAGUUGCCUCUCUUGGAUGUAUGCUCUAGAUCCAGAAGCAAAACUGAUUUUGCUUUCACUGUUAAUGUUGCAUUUUAGCGCAGUCAUUGUUUUAAAUUAGAGAAUAAAAUCGUGGAAAACCAAGGAGGCUUUAGAACCCUUCAUUUAAUGGCAUGGCAAACUUUUAAAACUGCUUUUACUGUUUCACUAGGACAAGGUCUCUGGUAAAGGAUAUAGCUAAAAAAUGCCAGCCAAAACUGUAUGAAAUUGGGAUUGUUUCCUACAAUUUUCCCUAAAUGUCAUACAGGGGUUUAACAUCUGUAUAUGCUGUAUAUGCUAUGUGCCAGUCACCACUUUGGAAAUCUGUUUGUGUUCUGAGGCUACAUAAAUGACAAAAGUGUCAUGGGAUUAAAACCACUCAGCUGUGAAUUGUGAAACUGAAAUUGCUCUUUUGGUUUUAUUUUCUUCAGCAUAUUGGAUAGAGAAAUCUGAAAGUUAUUUAAAAUUUACACUGCUUAUGUUGAUGGCUCAUUUUGGCUGUGUAUACUCACUUAUGUAUUGAUUUCUGAUAAAGGCUUGACAUUAUUAUAACAGUCAUUUUGCGUUCAAUUUAAUAAAAGAAUUUCUGAGUCUUGUCUGCA